CCCGGGGCGCCUCCCGUUGAAUUUCACCUUUUUCCAUGUGAGAACAAGGAUGAGGUUCUUACCGUCUCUCCCUAAUUAAGAUGCGCAUCGGACUAAGAUGUCAGCAGCACAGGGAAAAUGCUGCUCUCUGUGGAACGUUAAGUGUGACUUCAACAGAAAUAGAGUAAAACCAGUACUGCCAGGCUUGAAGUGUAUGUUCAGCUUUAACAACUAAGAGGGACACAGCUGACUGCUAAUUCCGUGAAUUUUAUCUUCUUUUGCUGAUGUUUUUUGUAGUUGCAAACUUGAAAGGGAAAACCAUUGUUCUCGUGCGUGAUUUCAGACUCUCUUUUAUGCAGUUGUGACUUCUCCCCUUGGAGUUUAGUGCCGAGAAUCUGAUGUUGGCCUCAGCUGCCUGGCUGCAUACAGCGGAUCAGCCCAUGAAAACCUCUGUUCCGAGCCAAAGGAAGGAGCAUAGCGAAAGGCAGCACUUACUCUUUCAGGCUUGGAAGCAAGAAAGGGGGCAAGAAUUGGAGAGUGUGGAAUCGGAGAAGACUACUGAAAGGUGACAUUUAAGUUGAAAAUGGGUGGUGGAGAGAGGUUCAACGUUCCAGUUCCCCAGUCUAGAAAUAUUACCAAGAACCAUCAACAACUUAAAAACAGGCAGAAGAAUAAAGACCAGAAUUCACAGAUGAAGAAAACCUAUAUGAAGAAAGAAAGAGGACAUGGAUGCAACUCGUUGUCUGGUGCAUGGCAGGCCAUGCAGAAAGCAGGAAAGAACAAUGUUGAUUUCCCCUGUAAUCAAAAUUGGAGUCCUAAUUUAUCAAAUUGUAACCUAUUUUUCUCACCUCAAGCCAAUCAGAACUAUGCUGGAGCAAAGUUUAGUGAACCACCCUCACCAAGUGUUCUUCCUAAGCCACCAAGCCACUGGGUACCUGUUUCUUUUAAACCUUCUGAUAAAGAAAUAAUGACAUUUCAGCUUAAAACAUUGCUUAAAGUCCAGGCUUGAGAUAGAACUUUAAAUCUUUUAUAGUUAUUUAAAUUUUCAGGGCUCCAAAUUUGAGAGUAGUUACUCAGAACUGCAGAUGCACAGGUAACAGGACUAGAUGUUCUUGCUGCGUAUAAAUGGAAGAGAAGGGGAUAAGUGGGGAAGUUUACAUUCCCAGUGUUUUACCUCAAAAGUUGUGUACUUUGUUGAUUUUGCUGUUACAUAGGGAUUUUCUUGAUAAUUAAUUUGAUUAAGUCCUAAACUGUAACCAUUUACUGUAGGAGUAAAUGAGACAGUCCCUAAAAAUUGAAAUCAAGAGUCCUUUUUGUUAAUGGCAUUGGAAGACCAGCUUUUAUGAACUUAAUGCAGCAUUAACUGGAAAAAAAAAAAUGCACUGAAAGCUUUAGUCAGGUACUCUGCCUUUUAACCUAGUACCAGAUUUUCUAGUUAAAACUCUUCUGAGCAGAAUUUCCUAGCAGUGUUGUACCCAGCUGCUAGUGGAAAUGCAAAGAUACUCAUUUUUUUCAUACCUGUGAGAUUUGACACUCAAGCUUGUGACUAAAAUUUAGUUUUGGGAAACAUUUUUACACCUUUUUGAAAAGGUGGAAGAACGCUUUAAGGAGGUCUAUAUUUCAGUCUCGCUCCAGCAGUAUUUCAUUGGAACCUCAACAAGGUAGACUGUGCCAAUUAAUGACACACUUUGCAUUGCCAGAUGACUGCCAAAAAGAUCUUCUAAAAAUUCUUUGUAUUCUGAUGCACUGAUAAGUUCUGAAAUUUUUCUUUUGUAUCAUUUUCUAAUUUUGAGAAAGCUGGAGUGGUUACUUAAGAUAAAAUAAUUAUAGGGUAACCACUUCAAAGUUAAGUUACAAUACCUUGUGUAGGUAUACAGUGUUUUCAUAGGGAAAAGAGAGCCAUGUAAAUAAAUGUAAUAUUUUGUAGCAUAUGUAAAUUUAUGCUGGGCUUCCCUGCACAGAGGUAUUUUUAGAGCAAAACUGGUAAAUGUAAGAUGACCAUGCUGAGUAUGUGGCCUGAUAUAAAAAAAAAAAAAUAAUAAUAAAAAUUAUUUUGUUAAACACAAAAGGACACUUAUGGCUGUAGCCCUGGACUUAAUAUACAGUGAAUGUGUACAUUUUACGUGGUCAUGGGAUCGUUUUUAAAAAAAAUGCAGUGCAAAAGAGAAUUAGUUAGAAAUUUGUAGUAAAAUUUUAAAAAACUGCUUAAGUUUAAGAUACUUAUGCUCUGAAUAUUGUGCUUAUAAUCAGAUUGGGUGUCCCACAGGAUAGAGUUUGAUGACACUGAAGUAUUGUUUGCUUCUAAAAUGAAUCCGUGCUACAUUUUGUCCCAGUAUUUACUAAAACUUGUGAAGUUCAGUUAUUGGGGCAGUUGUCAACAUAUUGAUUUCAGUGCUGUCACAGUUCAGCUGAUCCUAUAAGAUAAACACAACUGAACUGUAAUAAUUAGAGUCUGAGAUUAUGCAAACAUCCAGUAACAACUGGAAAAGGGGUUUAACUUGAAAGGGAAUUUUGCCGAUCGUGGAAUGUUACUUAAAAUGUUUUUCUGUGCAUUCAGAUGCAUUGGCAGCUGGUUGAAUGCUUACAGAUCUGUUACUCAGAAUGUGACGGAAUUGGCUGUCUUUAAACUCAAGUCUUUCUGAUCUGGACCUUUACCACUGUAAGAGCUGUACCCCAGUUAUAACUGUGUAUACCCUAUUUCAAAUUGUCAUUUACUGCAUGUGUGCAAAUUGGAAGUGGAAAAAAAAUAAACUCCCCCCAAAGUGUUUUAUUUUAA